AUGGUAUAUGACAGUCUCCCUGAAAGAAAAUCUGACCAAAAGACAAACUUUCUUGAAAGUUAUUCAGUUACUCGAGCUAGUUAUGCGGUAUACGAAAAUAUUGCUAAAAACCUCAAACCACAUAGCGAUGGUGAAUUCGUGAAAGAAUGUAUCCUUAUCCUUACUGUUGUUGAGAAUAUAUGCUCAGAAAAACUUAAUUUGUUUGGAAAUAUUAACUUAUCAAGAAGAACUUUUUCUGAUCGUAUUGAAGAUAUUGCUGAUGACAUUCAAAAUUCUCUAAAAUCUGAUUCAACAGAAUUCGUAUUGUAUUUAUUAGCUAUUGAUGAGACAACUGGUCUGUUUAACACUGCUCAAAAUCGCAAUAUUUAUACGUGCAAUAACUGCAAAAUUCAACAUUUGAAAAGAAUUUCUUGCCUUGAAUUCAACGCAUGGAAUAACUAG